AUGCAAUUCUUAAGCUGUAUAACGCGUAAUGCUUCUCGUUCUCUUAAAACCGCGGCAAAUCACAUAGCCAAAGGAAGCGUGAUCGAGUAUAAAAACCGACAUUUUUUUGUGAGUAGAAUAGAUUCGCAUUGGACAGGAAGAGGCUCUGCAGCGAUGAAAUUCGAUUUAAAAGACGUAGUGAAUGGUCAAAAGUUGACAGAAAGAAUUAGGCCAACAGAGUACUUUGAAGUGGUAACGGUUAAAGAAAGAAACUACCGUUAUUUGUAUUCCGAUGGAAACACGCUGCACCUUAUAAACGCCGAAACAUUAGAUGAAAUUGAAAUAGAUUCAGAUAAAGUUGAUGGUGGUGAAAAGUCGAUAAAAUUAUUAGACGACGACAUGAACUUAACUGUCGCCUUUCUGGAGACUGAAGAAGGCGAACGUGCUAUAUCUGUUCGUCUACCUCACAUGUAUGCUUACGAAGUUGUGUCCAAUACUCCAAAUAUUGGGAGUUCCUCCAAAGGGCCAGCUCAAAAGACUGUUGAAAUAAAAGGCGGUAUUCAUGUUCAGGUUCCGGAAUUCGUCAAUGUCACAAUCAUUGAAGAUUAG